AUGACUUUUUACAAGAGGAGGAUCGGUAUGUCAGGGUCCAGCGAUGAUUUAUCCCUAACCACGGUAGAAACAUUGUCGACAUGGGUCGCUUCUUUUUUGGAGCCCUGUUGGCUACUACAGUUGGUAUGUCAACAACGGUCGGGUUCAGCUACUUUGUACGCCCUUCUUCCGUUCCUUUCUUUCUUGUUUUUUUUUCUUUCUCUCUCCCUCUUCCUUCCUUCAUUUUCUAACUCGUAUAGGCCUCCCAAUUAUGUUUGUCCACUUAAAGUUGUGCACUCAGACUGCUGCUUGGAUGGCCUUCUUCGGCGGCAGUAUCAUCUACAUUGUGGUCAACUUUUACUCCCGAUUCUUCUCUGUUGA